UGAUAAUGUAUUAAUCAUAUCGCCACAUAUCGCGUUGCCAGUUGGCAGCAGUUGGCAGUAACGAAGGCAACCCGGUUCAAGUGAAGUUGUGUCUAAGAAACAUCAGACACUUUAUUUCAAGCUGUCACCAGCUAUCACAUUGGUUACUUCGUGACUUCCUCUGGAAUUUUUGCACCGAAACAGGUGGAGUUUUGCUCCAUGUACCAUACCGCAACGCAUCAAUUAAUUUAUUAUUUAACAACCUCUUAAAUAGAGAUCGAAGAAACAUUGAUAUUUUGUAGAAAAAAGAAGAAGGGAAAGGGAAAGGGAAGAAGAAAAAGGAUCGAUGAAUAUCAGCUUCGUAGAAAUUUGAGGGAACAGGCACGUAGAAGAGACUUGGAAGCUUCCGAAGCUGCAAUUACAAUGCCCAAGAAGGACUUAUCGCAAUAUGCGGAAGAGAUCAGACUCGGUGGUAUCGAAGGUGGCAGUACGCAUUCUACCCUCGUGAUUAUCGAUGGGAAAGGAACACAACUAACGGAAGUGAAGGGACCGAAUACCAAUCACUGGACGAUAGGAAUGACUGAAACUGCCGCUAGGAUCAACGCCAUGGUGUUAAGGGGGAAAGAAGCUUUGAACAUACCGGAAACAGUUCCUUUAGAUUGCUUAGGUCUUUCGCUGAGUGGUUGCGAAGAGGAGAAGACGAAUCGUCUCCUCGUGGAAACCAUGCAACAAAAUUAUCCGAAUGUUGCGAAGGAUUACGUGGUUACUUCGGACACCAUGGGCAGUCUUAGAACUGGCUUGGACACUGGUGGAAUUGUUGUAAUCGCUGGCACUGGUAGCAAUGCCCUGAUGAUUGACCCCGACGGCAAAGUUACAGGUUGUGGAGGCUGGGGACACAUGAUGGGAGAUGAAGGAAGUGCUUACUGGAUCGCCUAUCGAGCCUGCAAGUACAUCUUCGACGACAUCGACGGUUUGUGCCAGGCCCCGGAACCAAUAAGCUACGCGUAUCCCGCUCUCAGGAUAUUCUUCAACAUAUCGGAUAGGAAGGAUAUGUUGCCGUAUUUGUACACGAAUUUCGACAAAAGCAAGUUCGCCAGUUUCGCCAUGGAGGUCGCGAAUGGUUGCGAAAAGAAGGACCCUCUUUGUCUGCACAUUUUAAGAGAAAAUGGAGUGCUUCUCGCGAAGCAUAUCGUCGCUCUUGCCAGGAAGGCUGGCAAUGAUAUCAAGUUACACGAAGGUGGAUUGAAUGUUAUUUGCGUGGGCUCCGUCUGGAAAUCAUGGGGAUUUAUGAAGGAUGCUUUCCUGGAAGAAAUUCAUGAUUCGCACGCCAUGGAUGAACUGACUUUGCUUCGAUUAACGGCGUCGUCUGCCAUAGGCGCUGGUUAUCUCGCCGCGGAGAAAAUCGACUGGAUAUUCACGAAACCUUAUGAAAAGAAUGUUAAUGUACUAUAUCAUUACAAGCGCGAAAAUUAUGUAAAACCCACAAUUAAGAUAGAAUCGGAGGUGCAAUUAGUAUCGUGCAAAUAGCACCAAAGAAAAUUUUAAUCAGGCGUUAUGCAUACAAUUUCUAAAAUUAUAAUGCAAACUUUUAAAAAUUAGCAGAUACAACUUUGCCCAUCAUAAUCGUCUUUCAAGAAGAUGAAAACAAAUGGUUUCCUACAAAGAGCGUAUAUUUACAAUAAAAAAUAUUUUUUUAUACAAUAUUAAAUACUACUACAUACCUAUUUAUUAUAAUUAUAUUAUAGUAACUUGAAGUAAUGAAACCUUGUUAUGGUAAUAACAGUUGAUAAUCACGAUCAAUUAUUUCGAUAAUUAAUCUAAUAAUAAAAAUUGAAGUCUAAACAUGAAGCUUCUUUAAAUAAAUUUUAUAAUGAUAUUAAAAACAAUUUGGGACUGGAUGAUCUGGGGUUUUUCAUUCGUUCUUGGAACUCUAGGAUAUGCUUUUAUCGCCCUCGUCAGCUUGGUAUUUUUCAUUUCAUCUUCGUGCCUCGUGCUGUUCGUAAUCCUGUAUCUGCUUGGUUAUAAUUUCUCAAGCAUCGAAGAUGAAUGAUAUAAAUGAAGGUAUUUCUUUUUAAUUCUUCUGGCUCUUAUCAAAUAAAUAGAAAGUAAAUUUAAAGAGGCAAUGAAAUUAUCUAUUCGAAGUCAAAUGUAACAAGUCUUUGAAAAAUAUAUUUCGACACGAUAUCACAAUUGUGUACAUUUUAACCAUCGUAACGUGGACGCACGCUAUGCAGGCCAUGUCCCGCAUUUUCAUUCGUAUGUUCGGAGCGGUGAUGUUUCACAAUUUUUAUACCAAGGACUGAAUUCAUGUUCGUUUUUUUAUCACUGAGAAAUUCUUAAUUUGUUUUAAAACAAACAAAUGUUUUCUUUUUGCACAUAUUAACAGGUCGAAUAUGAACACAGAACUUGGCAUAAGUAUAACAAAUAUUUUCUUCAGACGUAACAGUUUAAGGUACUCUCGACAAAAUAUACAUAAUGUUUUCAACAAUCAUAUAAGAAUUAUUAUGCUAAUAUGUGUCUAUUCUAGGUACGCGAAGAAAAUUACACGAAGCGAUACGAUAUUUUACGCUCAUUUAGAACUAUAAUCUCUACUAUUUAUAAAAUUUUAUAUAUCAAUUCAACGAUAAAAUUAAUAUCCUUUUCAAAGA